CUUGACAACGUUGGAUCGUGCAGCCGCCAGAACGCACUAAUCGACAGUCGCGAUGCCACCUGCACCUCCAUUCACCUCACCCCACACCCAGCAGCAACUGCCAGCACUCUACCUUUUCCCGCUAAACGACACCUUUGUGCCCAAACACAUAGCUCUCAUUGGAAACCAACGCGUCAAGAUUGGAAGACAGACCAACGCAAAGACAGUCCCUGCAGAAAGAAACGGGUAUUUCGACUCAAAAGUAUUGUCAAGACAACAUGCAGAGAUAUGGGAAGACGGUGGCAAGAUAUACAUCAAAGACGUCAAGAGUUCUAACGGAACGUUCAUAAACGGGGAUCGUCUAAGUCCAGAGGGUGUUGAAUCAGAGCCUUUUGAGCUCAAAAAUGACGAUAUCGUCGAAUUCGGCAUCGACAUCAUUGGCGAGGACAACAAAACGACGAUUCACCACAAGGUUGCCGCUCGGGUGAUGUGUGUUUUUACAGAGGAGGAUGCUCAGCACGCCGCUCGAUGGGAGCAAGCACAAAGUAAUUCUAAUCAUCCUGCAAUUUCUGCACAGCAGAGCGGUGCGGCUGGAGGCUCGCAGUUCUCCUUUGGUCAAGGCCAAGCAGCGCCUCAGGCUGCUCAACGACGGCCAACGCUACAGUCACAAGCCCUUGGCGUUAUGGGUGGUAUGGGUGGGAGUGUCAGGCCACCAGGUAAAAGUGGUCUUUCGUUCGACCACAUUCUUAGUCGUCUCCAAGGCGAGCUGCAGAAAAGCCGGGAAACAGGCGCAGAAUUGCAUUCCAUAACGACCGCUAUGAACGAUUUGCAAGACACCAUGGGCGGUGCUCUGCCACCAAAUUUACCUCCUCUACCACACAAUCUUCCCCCUGUGCGUCAACCCCAACCGCCCACUGCUAACGAAGCGAAUCAAUCACCUGAAUCCGGAACUGUUCCGGUGUCUGCACUGAGCGAACUUCGUAGUCAGCUGCACGAGACCCAGGAAUCACUUGCAAGUCAUGUCGACAAGGUACGUGCACUGGAAGAUAUGCUUGCCGAGCACGAAGCUAUCAAGUCAGAGAUCACAACGCUUCGAGAACUGAUGGACGAGCGGAAACGGGAGUUCGAAUUGUUACGGCACGAAAGUGCUUCUCUUUCCUCUGCUCACCAAGCCAACGGGCACCACGAUGAGCUACGGAAUGGGAGAUAUCGAGGCGAGGAUGACGACACGUCCAGUAUUCACACAAUCGUACCUCAUGAAUUGGAGAGAGUGGACGAAGAGGAUGAGGAUCAGCUCGUGAACGAAGAGGAAGAUGACGAGGACCGCAGGCGUCGUAGAGAGGAGCUUGGACGACCGCGGACACCUGAACCCACGGGUAUGGGCAUGGAUGACGACGAUUCGCCAAACACCAAACGACGGCAUCGGCCUUCGAGCGCACCGAACCACGACGCAGAGUCUGUCGCUCUGGACGAGUUAGCCGAGCGCUUGUCCGCACUCAGUGGACGAAUCGAUUCUGCUGUUGAAUUCAACAGUUCACUACAGGCUCAGCAUGCCGCUGCGCAGACAACGAUAUCCCUCCUCCAGUCCAAGAUUACUACGUUAGAGGAGAUGGUACAAGCGACCCAGUUGCAACUGCAACAACAAAAUGCAGCUCAAGAGGCUGCACAGGCCGAGAUCCUUAAAGCUGUUCGAGAGCCUCCCGGAGACACGGAACGGGAGUCGCUCACCGCGAUGCUCAACGAGUGGAAGAAGAGUGUCGAAGGCCAAUGGAGUGCCGUUCAGGAGGAAUGGUCGCAAGAACGCGAGAGACUCAAUAAGGCGAGGGAGGAAUGGGAGAAUAGGGCCAAAUCGUUGGAGAUGGGGUUUGAUGCCAAGGUCAAUGCCAGCGUGGCAUCUAUCAUCGCCGUCCAGCGACACCAUUCAUUCAUUCCUAAUGGUGAUAUCAAACUGAAUGGUACAGCUGGCCUCGUGACGCCUCCAAGUCCCGUGAGCGUUGCCUCCAAUCCUGGUCGCUCCAAAUCCCGAAGACGGCGGUCCAGCUCAUGUCGUGGGAGGUCGCGAUCUCCGUCGCCGGUUUCAUCCAUUGAGAUGAUAGAAGGCGUUUCAAGCGCUGACUUGGCAAACGGCUCGAAUCCUGGCUCGCGACGUGUCUCCGAUCAGUAUCCACGAGAUCGUUCCUUAUCACCUUCGAUUCCCGACGACAACAGUGAACCAGAAUUGUCUCGCAAGCCUACGACACCCGGGACCCAAUACCUGAUAACCCCCGACCCAUCUGUCAAAGACAGUCCUGGUCGUCAAUCGUCGACGGCGGUUAGCACGGACUCGGAUGCCGAGUCCAGUAUGUCCAAAUCAGACGUCCGUUGUUUCAUGACUGUUCGUCUCAUCGUGCUAACUUGUCUAUCCCAGCAUAACUUGAGACUGGCUACCGGUAUACUAGUGCUUGGUAUUGCCACGGCCGCGGUAAUAUGGCGAGUGAGGCAGGAGUAGUAUGGUCUCGCAGAAUACUUGUCUACGAGACGAUUUUGUUUGUUCUGUUGUUGCAAAACACUCGUUAUGAUUCAUACCGAUUUUUCUCCCUCGUUCGUUGUAUCAUCUUUAUAUUUUAUUCUGCUUGCCUCCCUUUUUUUUUUUUACUCGAAUACGUCUAUGCGCUCCCUCUCUUUGGCUAUUAGAUUAUAAUGACAAUAGGUAUGACGAUGAUCCUCA